GCAGCAUCCUCGCUGCCCGGAGCGGAGGGAGCAGCGAGCACUUCGUCCAAACAGUUCUAGCUCCGCACUUAACGUGCCCGGCGGAGUCGUGUACCGGGGGGGGAGCGAAGGGAGGGAGGUGGGAGAGGAAGAAAAGCCGUGACACUGUGUUUCCUCCUCCUGUCUCUGAAGAGGAGGAGUGGGAGGGGAAGCUCCAAAGCCACUUCGGGCGCUGCGCCUCUACGUGCGGGAGGCUCUACCGAGCAUCCUCCUCUCAGCUGGAAAGCCGGGUGCGCUGCCCGCUCUCCGGCGGCUGGUUCCCCCUUUCCCGACACUCCGGCUCCUGCCUCGGUAGCUCUUCAGGGCAGCAUCUCCUCGGAGCAGAGGGCGGCCAGGUCCCCAAAGUGAAGGAAAAAUUCUGAAAUGCAGAAAGGCUUAUUUGCUGCCGCAAAUGGGAAUCUGGAAUAACUAUGAAAAACACACUGAAAUAAUUGUGUUUGACUGGAACAAAAUUCUUGCAAAGUCCCCAAGGAUGAGAUUCUGUGCCAAAUCAAUGCUUCUGUCUGACUGGCUCUUUCUGGUCUAUGUGUUAAUGGUCUGCUGUAAAUUGUUGUCCGCCUCUAGCCACCAUCCCCGGGGGCACACAGGCCAGCACCAAGUCAAACAAGGGACAUGUGAAGUUGUGGCAGUGCAUCGUUGCUGCAAUAAGAACCGGAUUGAAGAACGAUCACAAACAGUCAAGUGCUCCUGUUUCCCAGGGCAGGUGGCUGGUACGACAAGGGCUCAGCCCUCAUGCGUGGAAGCUUCCAUUGUCCUGCAGAAGUGGUGGUGUCAUAUGAACCCCUGUUUGGAUGGAGAGGACUGUAAAGUGCUGCCAGACUAUUCAGGUAACACGGUAGCAAAGGAUAAACCUGUGGGUCACUACCAGAAUGAUGGCAUGUGCAACUCUUGCUUGGCUUUUACACAGAGACCCUUUCUUGUGGUGAUGCUGUCCACUUAAUUCUUUGAACUUGCAAAACUAGUCAGCAAAAAGGACAACACUUCUCCUUUCAACUGUGGCUGCAGUUCCUGGACCUGCAUUUUGCUACACAGAAUGGUACAUUUUCAUUUCAUAAGAAAACGCAAGGAGAAUUGGUUCUGCCUGAAGUGAAACUUGGAUUCCCAAGGACCUGACACCUGGCAGAAAUUCCUGGAAGAACACACCUGAACUUCUGCAGUGCAUCAAGGAUAAGACUUUCUUAAUGACUCUAAGAUAUAUAAAAUUGUUUUACAUGAGUUGAGAACAUGAAUGUAACCUAAGGAGUCAUAGAAAGAAAAUGCUUGCGUUAGGACUGAUAUGGAUGAUCUCAAAGGUCUUUUCCAAUCUAAACGAUUCCAUGAUUCUAUGGAUUGUUCUGGGGUACUUCUCACAUACAAUGCAACAUAAAAAUACAAAGCUGAUCCCAAUGGUAAGUGAAUUAGCAGGACAGUGUUAGCAAAUUAUGUCUCGGUGUGUUUUCAGCUGUGAUUCUGUAACUAUCAAGGUUGUAUGAAGGUGAAAAGAUGGAACUUAGUAGCAAUUAUUGUAGGACAUACUUUGGUUAUAUCUGUGUAAUUAAAUUUGUUUCCUUAGAUAGUUCUAGAUAGCUGAACUUUUACAUUCAUAAGUUAUGGCAGGAAAGCAUGAGGAAGAGAGAAAUUUUGGAAGUAGACGUAGUUUUUCUUGUCCUAAAAUAAAUCCAUUCUCCAGGGGAAUAGCAAAGUAUACAUAUUUCUUGCCUCUUUGAAUCCAGAUGUGGAAAAGAAUUUAGCCAUUAGCUAGAAAUAUUCAUUCAGAUGCCUCAAAAAAAAGAAAAUAAAAAGAGAGCAUGCUUGUACUGCAUAAGUAAGGCUUACUGGAAGGAGGAUAAUUUGUUUGGGUUUUCAUAGCUUUGGUUAUAUCCUAAUAGGUAAUGUACUUAAAAUUCAUAAGCAAAAUUCUAGAUAAAAAUGAAUCUUCAUUUUCAAUUAGUUCUUGUUUAGAAUGAUUACAAUAAUUAAAUGUCCAGUUCCUUGACAGACUGAAUUUCCAAGUGGUUACAUUUUGUGACAGAUAAUUGUUCCAUAUUAUUGUAGAUGCAUUUCAUACUUAUUUUCUUAUUUGCCUGUUACAGUUUCUUGUCAUCAGUCUUCAUAUAUUGAACAGUAAGUGGAGGUGAAUUCUGUUCCCCAUUACAUCAUUUUAUGACUUAAGAUGCAUUGGAACAGAGUAAAAUGCAACGAUGCAGAUGCUAUCAUGCAGAUGAACAGCUGCUGACUCAGCUACUGAAUUCAUUGUUGUGCUUUAUGUAAAUAUGAGGGUAAUAUAUAUAUAAUUUUUACAUAGACAGAAAAGCAAAAAGAAAAAGAAUGUUCUACUAAUUUACGUCAUUGUGCAUAAGCUUUCUAGUUUAUGGGAACAAUACCAUCAGCAGCGUGAAGCUGUUCAGAGUAAUUAUUAUUAGCUUUUGAUUUGCUGGAGUGAGUGGAAGUAUCCAGCCAGGUAAUUCCAUUGAAGUCAGUGGUGGAAAGAUCUGGCCUUGUGUUUUUUGUUUUCUCUGGUUUAGUUCACUUUCAGUUAUGUAUUUGAUUACAGCUGGGAUCAUAGUGGUCAUUGUACUCAGUGAUAGCUAAACGAGAGAUUUUCUGCUCUAUGCUUGGACAGCUGAACAGUCAAUAGACUCUGCUUGCUCUGAUGAGCUCUACCUUCGUAAUAUUUUUCCAUUGUUUUGAUUUUCUGAUUAAAUUUUAAAAUUACCUUUACUA